UUGAAAGACAGUCGCGGGGCAGACUUUUCUAUCUUAUCGUGAUCCCUGCCUUUUACAUGAAUAGGUACUGGGGUGCAGUAGCUCUUGGGAACUUAAACUUCCCAGCCUUAGAUCUUCAGCCUUGUCUUCGUCCGUACCUCUUUACACACUUCUAUUCUCAAUCGUUCAAUUUACUUACACACACACACACAUACCCUCUCUCCACUUAGUAAAUUGGUUUCUUUUACGAAGACGAUCACGCUACUGUUCUUUUCUACACAUUUACAAUGGCGGCUGUAGAUCCUUUCGAAGUGCGAAUGCGCUUCAGUUCUCAACUGCAACACUUGAAUGCCAGCACAACGUCAGCCCAGAAAGCUGCCCAGUACGCUCUCAAGUACAAGGACAUGGAUGAGGAUUUGCAUUCAUGCAUUCUGGAGCAACUUGAGAAGACAAGCAUGAAUACCCGAGCCAACAUCAUGUACUUUCUCGAACACCUCUUAGAGAUGGCAUCAAAGGAACGUCAAAAUGACUACGUGCGCAUGAUGCAACGCGAUAUCCUACGUGUUGUUGAUGCAGUCUGUCCCGAAGAUGGUUCUGGUGCUGCAAAUGUCAAGGUUGUCCGAAAGGUGUUGCAGGGUCUAAUGACCAAAUCCGUCCUGCUCGAGCAGACCGUAGUCGAGAUCGAGGGCUGCUUGAAAGAACGUGAUACGUCGGCCGAUAUUGGUUUCUCCUCACCCGCUAAUGGCGAUGACACGACUCGAUCUCGCAAUACCAAUGGCGCCUCAACCGCCAAUCGCCUCGACAAGCGCCAAAUUGAGCAACGCAUCGAGGAGGAUAGAGAACGACACAAGCGCAUGCGUGAGAGUAUGUGGGCUGUCCCCGGAUCGCUAGAAGAGGAGGCUAUGAAGAUAUACGAAGAGACCAGCGAGUACGGCGAAGAUGACGAAACCUUUGGUCGUGAGGAGCGGGAAGAAUUCGUGCGAGAAGCUGAGGCGAACAAGUGCGAUCACAUUCGUGCAAAGGAAGCUGCCGAAGCUGCUGCUAUGGCUGCGGGAGGCAACAGGACCUCGUCGCACUAGGAGGCGGCAGCCUUGUCUCCCAGCAUCCCUAAUGGCAACGGCAGCUCCGAAUGCGACGCCAACGAUGAGCGCAGCAACGAGCCUGGUGAAACGCGCAGCGACCAACCUUCUGAGGAAGCUGACGACACGCCCGAUAGUAUACCUGAUGGUGGUAACGAUGGCCA